AAAGAAAGAAUGACUUGGCAAGGCAAAGGCAGAAGAACGAGAUUCUGCAGACAAGUGUGCACUAUGCGGCAGAUGAAUCCCAAUCUUUUGUUCUUUUGUGACAAGACCCAGAAAACGAAGAAAAGUGUCCUCUAGAGAGCGAGAUAGAUUAGACACCGAAAGAGGGAAAUUUGUGUAUUUUCAGUUCAGAGAAGAGAGAGAGAGACAGAGAUGAAAGAUUUGCUUGGGAGUCCAGGGAAGGUGAGUGGGCUGAUUUUGAGGAUUGGGCAAUGUUUGUUUGCUGCUGCUUCUAUUGGAGUUAUGGCCUCUGCUUCUGGCUUCUCCAGCUCCACUGCCUUCUGUUAUUUGAUUGCUUCUAUGGGGCUUCAAGUCUUGUGGAGUUUUGGACUUGCAUGCCUUGAUAUACAUGCUCUAAGGCUAAAAAGAGACCUUCGUAGUCAUGUUUUGGUGAGCCUUUUUGUUGUUGGCGAUUGGGUGACGGCUAUUCUAUCGCUUGCAGCUGCAAGCUCAUCGGCUGGAGUGAUAAUACUGUUGACAAGAGACACCAGUCUCUGCCAUGAUGACCAGAAGCAACUCGCAUGCAGUAUGUUCAGACUCUCUGUAGCUUUGGCCUUCGUCUCCUGGUUCCUCCUCGCGGUAUCUUCUUACGUGAUGUUUUGGCUUCUAGCCUCUGUUUGAAUGAUUGUCGCGAUACCACAACACGGAUGAUCUGUUUUUCACCAUUUUGUAAAUAUUGCAGACUUCUGAAGAACAUAGUUCACGGAGAUGAUUCAUUUUUUAACUUGUGCUCUCUGUAGCAUGUCUUUUUGGUCAUAGUUGGAGCUUGAUGUUGCAGUCUAUCCAUCUUUGUUUCUUUUUACCCAUUGUGGCCAAGAAGAAAGUGGAUAUACUCGAUUCAUGCUUUUCUGAAUUCAAGCUGAAAAUCCCAGUAUAAAUGUUCGUUUAAUCAGAACUUUAAUCA